AUGGAUCAAAUACGACACAAAUAUCUGCAAUUGUUGUAUUCAAAGUAUUCUCGGUUCUUUGGAAUAAUGGCCAAUUUGGACGAUGCAAAGGUUCAGAAACGAUUAAGAUUACAAUUACUAGAAUGGCUUGGUGUUCUGGCUAUUUAUGGCUUCAAUAGCUCAUCAUAUGACAUUAACAUCAUCAAGAAAUACCCUCCACAAGUCUUGAAACACUCUAAAAACCAUGGAAAUGUAUCCAAAUGCGAAAAGCCUUGGAUUAAUUCAAUUCAAGGAGAAUUAGGUUGUAAUAUUGAACAAAGCGAAAAGAUUGAACGAUACAAUUGUCACAAAUCAGAAGAUAUCAAUCCUUUAACUGGAGAUACGAUGAACAUAUUGUAUGAAAAGACAUCAAACAAGGAAACAGCUCUCAAACAAAUGGGAUAUACCACAAGAUCAAUUUGGGGUUGUGAGUUUCAUUCACCUGAAAACGGUCAAGUGGAUGACAUUAUCAAAUGUAACAAAUACCGAAUGAUAUCAAAUGGAUCGUUUGCUUUUAACGACAUUCUUGCUUUUCAACCACCAAAUACUUUAUUUGACAAGUUCUUGAAAAUGUUUGACGCACAAUCACAAAAGGGAAUAUUUCCACAUAAAUUCUUAAAACACUCACAUAUUCCAUCCAAAAAGUGGUUUUACAACAAUCUAAAGGGAGAAUCAGUUUCAUCAAACGAUUACAAUGAAAUGGUAUUCACUCACACCAACCUGUAUGAUUUGCUGAACGACUACAACAAUUUGGAUGCGAAGCCAGGCGUAGAAGCGACAAAGAAGCUGGGUAAUUUCUUUCAGUCGUUGAAUCUUGAUAUCCACAAAGACGGCAUCUUUGUUCCUAGACUCACUCUGAAAUAUCUCUGGCACACAAAAAGCAAAGACUGCGAGUUUCAGUUAUUCAAAGGAAAUGAAGAAUUGUACCACAAAUAUAGAGAUAAUCUGGUUGGUGGACCAAGUAUCGUAUUUCAUCAUUAUCAAGAAAAAGACGACCAGAAUUAG